GGAAGCAGCAGCAGUCGUGUGCGCGGAUCCGCGGUCAGAGGACAGAGGACAGCGGUCAGCAGCAGCAGGACAUCAGGACAUCAGGACAUCCACCCCGCGCCAAAGCUGCCCGAGCGUCAUGGUGGUCUCGGGGACCCGUCGCGACCCUUGUCUCUGCUUGUGGGGCUUCUCGCUCAAGGUGGACGUGAAAAGUGGAAAAGAGCGCGGCGCGAAAGCCGAGAAUUUCAUGGAGGGACGACCAUGGCUCUCGACCAUCUCCCAGUACGGGCGGAAGACGAAACACGGGAAUCGCUUCAGAGACGAAGUCGAGGACGACUACAUCAAAAACAUGGAACAGAACAUUGGCUCUGAUGAAACCGUGGACACCACCAAGGACCCGUGCCAGAACGUGAAGUGCAGCCGGCACAAGGUGUGCGUCGCUCAGGGCUACCAGAGGGCCAUGUGUGUCAAUCGCAAGAAAAUGGAGCAGAGAGUGAAACAGUCGGGGCAGCCGGAGGCUCGUGAAAGCGGCUGCAAGCCUUGUCCCGUUGUCUCCUCCUCCUCACCUGUGUGUGGCUCCGAUGGACACAACUACGCCUCCCAGUGUAAGCUGGAGCAGCAGGCCUGCCUCGCGAGCAAAGAGCUGAGCGCCGCGUGCGCUGGAUUCUGCCCGUGCGCCACGGCCUCCGUGAGCCUCUCAAAUACUGACACGAAACGUGAGAGCUGCACCGGCCAGGACCUGGCCGACCUGGGGGACCGUCUGAGAGACUGGUUCCAACUGCUUCAUGUAAACGCCAAGCAGAAUAACUCUGGCAAGCUCAGAGGUGACACCGCUUCAGCGCUGGACAAGAGCCUUGCAGCCAGCUGCAAGGACUCCAUCGGCUGGAUGUUCUCCAGGCUGGACACCAACAGCGACCUGUAUCUGGACCAGGCCGAGCUGACUGCUAUCAACCUGGACAAGUACGAGGUCUGCAUCCGACCCUUCUUCAACUCCUGUGAUAGCUACAAGGAUGGGAAGGUCUCGACCGCCGAGUGGUGCCUCUGCUUUUGGAGAGAAAAGCCGCCGUGCCUCGCUGAGCUGGAGAGGAUCCAGGUGCAGGAGGCGGCCAAGAAGAAGCCUGGGGUGUACAUUCCCAGCUGCGAUGAGGACGGCUACUUCAGGAAAGUUCAGUGCGACCAGAGCCGAGGGGAGUGUUGGUGCGUCGACCAGCACGGAGGAGAGAUGAUGGGCACCAGGAUCCAUGGCAACCCUGACUGCGAUGAAGCGGCGGGAUAUUCUGGAGAUUUGGGGAGCGGGGUGGGAUGGGAGGACGAAGAGGAGAAGGAGGCAGAGGACACCGGAGAGGAGGAGGAGGAGGAGGAGGAAGAGGAGGAGGGCGAGGCGGACGAUGGAGGGUACAUCUGGUAGAACCGUCUGACCCCCAGCGCGCGGAGCCGUGUUCACAGCCGCCGGCCUGAAAUUCUACAAGGGGAUGGCUCUCUCUUCAAAGCGAAAGAUUGUGGGAUCAGACCUGUGAGGCGUGGAGUUGUGUGUCGUCCUGGUGGGAUGUGUGGUGCCGGUCAGGAUGAGACAGAUAACCAGUUUUUGUCUUAGAUAUGUGUAAUUGCUUCAUUCUCUUGUCUCUGAUUUUUGAGCAACAGAGCUUUUUGUUUUGCUGUCCUGGAAAAAAAAAAAAGCAGGACCCACUGACUACUGCACUAUAUAGGUAGCUAAAGUCCAUCCCAAUCUUGUCCAUCUAUGCAUUUAGAGAUUACCAGUAAUUUUGUAUUCUGUGAACAGUUGCUUGAGUCACCGUCCCACUGGAAUGAUCAGGUUUCAAAGGAAGAGUCAAACUAUUCCAUGUAGGCAGUUUAGUGCAAUGUGUUUACGUACGUCCCGACUGAUUCUAUAUAUAGAUCCAUUGCAAAUGAUCCACGAAGCGAGCUUCGAGCUUUUCAGGUUGCCGCGGUUUCAAAGCUGCUUUUACGAUGGUGGUGCACCACAGCUUAUAGGAGUUUUUAAAUCUUACUUACAAAUUUAGUGGAUGCCAACAAACUAUGAAGGACCUACGUUUCCAGUUGGAUUACUUUCAUGGAAAACAUGUAGAAUGUACUAUGGCGGCCGAAACUAUAGUAGAAACCACUAGUCGCUUUCCUCUGCUAACACUGAAUUCAUGAUAAAGAAUGUGCCACAACUAUGUUUUAUUCUGCAAAUUAUUUUGUGUUCAUAAAAAAAGGUGUGUGUGCGUUACUUGAAGUUCUGCUUAUAUACUUGAGAUUCACAUUGUUCUUUUUUUCUAUGAUAAUGUUGUUGCCAUGACUUCAUUCAUGCUAUUGGUAGGCCAGACAUUUGGUUGUUUUUAGUAUUGCAUGUUAGUGAACAAGAAUGUACUUCUAGGCUGAGCACUUUACUAAUAAAGGCACUGGAGCCGAACUGUA